AGACAUUGUUAUGCACCGUUAAAUACCAAUGCUCGUCUGUGUUGGGACGAGGCGGCCAGCAGCAUUUAUCUGGAAAGUUUAAGGAGUGCAUUUCGACACGGUGCCGAGGCAGACGCUUGUCACAAGAGCAUCAAAAAUAUUUUUCGAUACUGCUGAAAAAUACAGCUUCUAGAUCCCUUAGUCUCAGAUUUGAGUGUAUAUCGUUGUGGACACUGAAGUGCCGGGGCGUCAUACCAUGGGAGACAGAGAGAACCUGAUCAACCGCCGAAACGCCUCAAGUGACCUGCAGGAACAUGAAAUAGCCGAACCCGACUGGCGAAACGCAUCACAAGACAUCAAGGAUGGCCUCAGCAACAUGCUGCCUGCAGCAAGGACCAGGGCCAAUGCAACCUACUACGGCUUCAUCGUGCUGUCCAUUGGGCUCAUUGUAAUGAUCAUCAUACUGAUGCAUGAGUCAUGGCAGUGGCGGCAGACAGUCAAGGCGGAGGGGGAGCUCUGGCGGGGUAUUGUGAGAGAAGUGGUGCACGACAUUGGCUUUGUCUGAUGGGUGGAUGAGCCCCUGUGAUUCAGGCUUCGACAAGGCCUUAAUAUUUCUGCCAAGACAGCAGCUUCUUUUUUUCUCUGGGCAAUCCAGGGAUUUCAGAUCAGCCUCGUAAAGAUGGCGGUCAGUGUGGCAGAAGUUGGGGAGGAUCAGAGUCCCUUUCCAGAAUCCAGAAGAAUAGGUCCAAUCCCAGGGGGAUUUCCCGAGGGACGUCAAAUCUUGCUCUGGUGGAAUUGGCGGGCAUCAUUCCUGUUCUUGCAUCUGUGCAGAUCCUGGUGCUCCUGGUUGAGUCCGGCCUUUGGCGAGACACCCUUCUGAGCGAGUUUCAGCUGUGGAGUGACACAGUGCAUGAAAUCCUGCGCAUCAUCGGCUACGAGUGAAAUUGAUCAAGCUGCUAGUCCGUUGUAAUGCAGGGAGCAAGGACUGUGAUCAUUUGAUCUCAUGAGCUCUGCCGCUAACAAUUGGUGCAGAACAGCUUUCUGUGGGCACGCAGCAGAGCAGAGAGCGUGGAAGCAUCUGGACUGAUGGGCAUAAGAACUCCUUCUUCAAGGAUUUUUCGGGUGCCAAGAACUUAUGGGAUGAAUUUGCGCUGCAAGUGCUGCACUGUGCGGUGAUCGGCAUUGGUACCGGUACAUGGUCAGUUGAUGUUCCUUCGAAGGAAUUCUGCAGUGCAACUGGCAGUAGACAAGAAUUGUAGGUGUAGGCACUGUAGUGAAUUCCUAUUGUAUGUAUUUUGUGAUGGUUGCAAUGUUAUAUUAUGUAUAUUAGGCGCCGGUGCUAGCUUUUCUACCUUUCGAUGCAUGUUGACGUAGCUAGCAGCAGGCCAGGCACGGCCAAAACAACCCUAGGUGCAGGUGCAGUACUUGUACUUGUCCGCGUCGGUUGUAUUCAAUAUUGCCUUCACCACUAUAACUUAUAUAUCGAGAGGACCACCUGGAGGAUCGAGAAUUAU